AUGCGCCCUCGUCGUCUCUCCAAAACAGGAUGUCAAACGUCACGUCUAUACUCGACUCUGUUACCUCAAGCACGACUGAACACGCCGACGGAUUUCGAAUCCACUUCCUUGCUUAACCACAACUCGAGAUCUGCAUUGUCCAGCAGCGAACUAUCGUCCGAUGUAGGUGGUACUGCAACAAGGUUGAAUCUGUUCCAAGCCAUCAACUCGGCCCUUUCACACGCGCUCCGAUCGGAUCCUCGUGUCUUACUCUUUGGCGAAGAUGUGGCUUUCGGAGGAGUAUUUCGCUGCAGUAUGAACUUAUCAUCCGAGUUUGGAGACGAUAGAGUCUUCAAUACACCCUUGACCGAACAGGGAAUCGUUGGAUUUGCUAUCGGAGCUGCUUUCGAGGGCAUGAAGCCAGUUGCUGAAGUUCAGUUUGCCGAUUAUGUGUACCCUGCUUUUGACCAACUGGUCAAUGAAGCAGCAAAGGCUAGGUUUAGGGCCGGUGUGAAUGCAAAAGCACAAAGCUGUGGAGGUUUAGUGGUUCGCAUGCCUUGUGGUGGUGUGGGACAUGGUAUAUAUCACUCUCAGUCUCCCGAAUCACUCUUCACACACAUACCAGGGCUACGAGUAGUGAUGCCACGAGGACCAGCACAGGCCAAGGGACUUUUGCUCGCAGCAAUAGCAAGCAACGAUCCUGUUGUGUUCAUGGAACCAAAGAUUCUGUACCGUGCAGCAGUCGAAUACGUGCCCACCGAGGCAUAUGAGAUUCCUUUGAGCAAAGCAGAGAUCGUCAAGCCCGGCAAAGACAUCAGCAUCAUCAGUUACGGCACACCGCUAUACACUUGCUCAAACGCUAUCGAGAAGGCCGAAGCAGACUUUGGCUGCAGCGUUGAGCUCAUUGACCUGCGGACCAUCUACCCGUGGGACCGACCUACGAUCAUUGAGAGCGUCAAGCGGACUGGAAAGGCUAUCGUGGUUCACGAGAGUAUGAGCAAUUCUGGAGUGGGAGCUGAGGUGGCGGCGACAAUCCAAGAGAGUUGCUUCCUGAGCCUGGAAGCACCUGUUGCAAGAGUUUGCGGCUGGAGCACGCACAUGGGUCUCAUAUACGAGGUGAGCGAAGAAUAA